AGGCAGUCUGGAUCUGACCGGGGACUCGUCGUUUCCCCGGAGCCUCCGCGGCUCCAAGCCGCGACCUGAGCCCUCCAAAAUGGGGAAGUGCGACGGGAGGUGCACGCUGCUGGUGAUCUGUGCACUGCAGUUGGUGGCAGCCCUCCAGAGGCAAGUGUUUGAUUUCCUGGGCUACCAGUGGGCUCCCAUUCUGGCCAACUUCCUGCACAUCAUGGCCGUCAUCCUGGGCAUGUUUGGCACUGUGCAGUUUCGAUUCAGAUACCUCAUUUUUUAUGCAGUGUGGCUGGUCCUGUGGGUGGGAUGGAACUCCUUCAUCAUUUGUUUCUACCUGGAAGUUGGAAACUUGUCUCAGGUAAGUCGUGGUGUUUAUUUAAAGAUAAGGUUGACUGACGGCGCAGCCCUGAUAAUCAUCCUCAUGGUGUGUGUUCAGAAAAGAGACUUUCUCAUGACUUUUAACACGUCCCUCCAUCGCUCCUGGUGGAUGGAGCACGGUCCUGGUUGCCUGGUAACGCCGGUGCUAGACUCUCAGAUAGCCCCCGAUGACCACCAUGUCAUCAGCGUGUCCGGGUGCCUCCUUGACUACCAGUACAUCGAGGUGCUGAGUUCGGCCAUUCAGAUCCUUCUGGCCCUCUUCGGCUUUGUGUACGCCUGCUACGUAAGCAAAGUCUUCCAGGACGACGAGGACAGCUUUGAUUUCAUCGGUGGGUUCGACUCGUACGGCUACCAGCCGCCUCAGAAGUCCUCUCAUCUGCAGCUACAGCCUCUUUACACGGCUGGAUAAGUGCUGGUAGCACCCCCUGGUGGUCGAAACUGGUGACGUCACUGUGGCUGGAAAGAAUCAGCAGGUCGCCCAGAUCACUCUCACUUUCUCUGUGUGACAGUUUACCUGAGGAGCAGACUUUUAACCCCACCCAGAGGGAAAUGGAUCAGCGUGUGUGUGUGCGUGUGUGCAUGUGUGUGUGCUGGAGGAGAGGUAGCCCUGAAAAGACUGUACAGAGCUCAGGGAAGAACCAGCAUGAUGAUGGAGGUGCAACAGAUGCAGAGACCAGGAGACGUCCAUCAAAUCACAGAAGAAAAUGUUCACUAAACUGCCAGCUCGUAACACUUCAUCCAGUGUGUGUGUGUGCGUGUGUGUGUGUGUGUGUGUGUGUGUGUGUGUGCGUGUGUGUGUGUGUGGAUAUGACUGUGCAACUCCAAGCUGGAGCUUUUUGGUUGCACCCUGGACUCUUGCCACUCUGUGCCCCUGUGAUUUAGUUGAAAUUUUUUUUUGUUAGGUGGGUGUCACUCUGUAUAUGUGCCUGUAUGUUUCGGUGGGUGGGUGGGGUCACACAAUAGAGUCACAGCUCGUACCUGUUGUCAUUUUAGAAUGUGGUGAUGUCAAACUAGAGCAGUCUAACAGCGUCCUCUUCUCAAAGCCUUCUUUCUUUACUUCACAGCCGAGCGCCUCUGAAAAUACCAGUGAGUAAAACUGGUAUCAUUCUGUGUUGAUGUCCAUUUUCAAUAAAAUCACCAUCACAAUGUUUAUUUAUCUUUUAAUUAUUUCAAUUUUAUGUCAACCUUCUGAACCAAAUAGUUUCAUUCUGAUUUAUUUUGGCCACCACAGUUUUUAUCUAACAAACGUAAACGGUACAUUUAUUUGGACUAUUCGAAAUAUUAAAGGUUGCAGGUUGGUCUGCGGGAUUGAUGGGAAAAAAUAAAACAAAUAGUUGAGUUUUUAUUUUUGGAAAAAAACGUAUGGUACUUUUUUUGUUUGCGCAUGUUUUAUAUUUUCAUCUUGGUUUCAAAUAAGAGUGUAAUCCUGUUUGUUGGUGUGUUGUUUUGGAGUCAGCCAUACGGACCUAACACAGGUAAAAGUGAAAGAAAUACUGUGUAAGAGUCAAAUUUGCUGUGCCAGGUCCGUUUGUUUCCAGGAAACUGAUUUCAGCUUGUGUUGUUUAAAGAUGCAGAUGGCUUUGGGAUAAGGCAUAGUGUCUAAAGGGCGGCAGGCGUAGUGGGGAAACUGCAUGUACAUAACCAGCCAAUGAUUGUUUUGUUGGUUCCAGUUACAAAAAAGGGGGUGGUUGCAUUAAUGGUGGGGUUGGAGGAACUGGUUACCCAUCAUAGUAUUACUUUGUAUCUGUUUCCCUUCUCACUUUUUGGAAACUUUCACGCUGCCUGUCUUUAGCCCGUUUUUGCCAUAAAUGUCCUCCACUAUGGGGUGCCAUUUGUAAAG